CAGCUCAAACCAGCUCAGCAUCAGCUCAGUCAUCAGCUCAGGCAUCAGCUCAGCAUCAGCUCAGGACACCGAGGUCAAUUGCAAGACCAUGGCACAGGCUCACGGCAUCGAGGCCAUCAAAUGGUUCAUCAGGAUGAUUGGAGAGACCGACACCUUUGACCAGGCCAUUCUCAAAAGCACCGAGGUCGUGUCGGCCGGCCUGGACAAGACUGUAUUCCGCGUCAAAGUCUUGCCGGAGCAAUGCAACUCCCUGGGCUCGAUGCACGGAGGCGCCUUGGCCACUGCCAUUGACUUGCUCACUAGCUGCGCUAUCAUGGCCAUGCCGCGUGAAGGCGCUUGGGAGUCUGGUGCAGGCGUCUCGCGUACACUCUCCGUCACCUACCUCCGCCCUGCAGCCUGCGAUAGCUAUGUGCUCUUCACAUGCAAAGUCGUCUCCCUUGGCAAACGGUCUGCUUGCAUCACCUGCGACGUGACAUCGGAGACUACGGGUAAAGUCCUUGCGAUAGGCACACACGACAAAGUAGGCGUUGUGCCAAUGUCUAAUCUCUAAGAUGCAUUCUAAAGUAUGCUCUACAUGUGCUUGUUUCGUCUACUUCUUCUUUUGGUCCCUGUCGCGCUUGGCAUAGAUGGCAGCUGUGUACGGCUCUUCGAAGCGUAGAGCAAUCACAUACAUAAUCAAGACUUCCGCCGAAAGCACAAACCCAAGGGGUUUCGCAUACCAAAACGCAGUGCCCACAAAGGACAGAACCGAUCCGUAGUACAUUGGGUUAUCCGUGACGU